GGGGACGCAAGACCCGGGACGCAGGCCACCUCGUCACCGCUCCUUCCAUUGGCCGCGCCCACGGACGCAGGCCGACAGUUUCCCGUCCUGCCCCUCCCUCGUCGCUAGUCGUUGCUUGCUCCGAUUUUCCACCCACAAUCCGGGGCAAAACACCCGGGGAGCGAAGCAAGAAACCGAGGGCUCUCCUCCCAGGCGCGGAUCUACCAGCCUACCAGGGCGCGGACCGCGCGAGGCUCUGGCCUUCCGCUCCUCCAGCAUGAGGGGAAAAAAGAUGAUAUAUGGAUUCUCCAUCUCCCUUAUCCUCAUCAACCUGGCUUCCAUAAUGGAGCGGGCUGAUGAGAAUCUCCUCCCCGCUGUUUACAAGGAAGUCAGUGCCGCCUUCGAUGCUGGUCCUACUGAUCUGGGGUACCUUACGUUUAUAAUGAACUUUCUGAAGUCCAUAGCAUCUCCCUUGGCAGGUGUCCUUGCUCUUCAGUAUGAUCGCCCCACUAUUCUUGCGGUCGGAACUGUCUUCUGGGCUCUAUCAACAGGGGCCGUUGGUGUCAGCCAGUAUUUUCAGCAGGUUGCAUUCUGGAGAGGUGUAAAUGGUGUUGGACUUGCCAUUGUCAUACCAUCACUUCAGUCCUUCAUUGCUGAUAGCUACAGAGAGGGCACCCGUGGCGCCGGAUUUGGUUUGUUGAGUCUCAUUGGCUCAAUAGGUGGUAUAGGAGGAAGUAUUGUGGCAACAGUCAUGGCUGGAAGGGAUUAUUGGGGAUUCCCUGGAUGGCGGUUUGCAUUUAUUGUGGUCGCGUUUGCAAGCUUGUUGAUUGGGCUUCUUGUUUACUUUUACACCGUUGAUCCUAGAAAAACAUCUCCAGGAAAUUUUGGUGAUGACGACACCCAUGAGAGGUCACGUUUGGUUGGUAACAGUGUUUUUCCUCCACUGUCCAUCUGGAAGGAUUCAUGGAUAACAGCAAGAUCUGUCAUGAAAGUGCGGACAUUUCAAAUCAUCGUCCUGCAAGGCGUAGUCGGCUCCUUGCCAUGGACCGCUGUUGUUUUCUUCACAAUGUGGUUUGAGCUAAUUGGUUUCGACAACAAAAGCUCGGCGGGGUUAAACAGCCUAUUCGCCAUCGGCUGCGCGAGUGGGUCAUUUCUUGGUGGAGUAAUCGCAGACCGCGUGUCAAGACACUACCCGGAUUCAGGCCGCAUCAUGUGUGCUCAGUUCAGUGCCUUCAUGGGCAUCCCUUUCACAUGGAUCCUCCUCACGGUCAUCCCGCAGUCGGUCGACUACUGGUACAGCUACGCCGUCACGCUGUUCCUGAUGGGGCUCACCAUAAGUUGGUGCGCCACCUGCGCAAACAACCCGAUGUUCGCGGAGGUGGUCCCUCCCAAGCACCGCACCAUGAUCUACGCGUUUGACCGCGCGUUCGAGGGCUCCUUCUCCUCGCUGGCCGCUCCUGCCGUCGGCAUGGUGACCGAGAGGGUAUAUGGCUACAACGCAAAGACGGUGAAUCUAGCGGACGGGUCGGUGGCAGGGGCGUAUGCGCUCUCGAGAGGGCUGCUGACCAUGAUGAUUGUUCCUUUUGGUCUGUGCUGCCUGUUCUACACCCCGCUGUACUUUGUGUUCAAGCGCGACCGUGAGAACGCGAGGUUGGCGGCCAGUGCCAAGGAUCUGGAGCUAAUGUGAUGCUCCGCGUUUUUUUAUCAGUUGCAGUGUUCGUUAAUGCGGUUAGUUGAUUCAGCUUGGGGUUGAAAUGGUGCAGUUGACAGAAUACUACAGGUUUCACCUUCUUCAGACAGAUGAGAAGUACACCUUCAGACAAAUGAAAAGAAAUACACGAGUACACCUUCAGACAGAUGACAAGAUAUACACGGGUAGAGUCGGUGAUUUUAAUUUUGUCAAUUAGAGAGGAUAUAUAUUGUACUAAUACAUUGUGUAGGUAAAUAAAUGGCAGCUGUCAUGUUCAAUCUCACCGCAAUUAGGAUUUAUUUUUUCUUUUGUCGCCUGUAAUCCUGAGCUGAAUUUUUGGAUGAAGAUGGCAUUGCCCCUGAUCCUGAAGUAAUGAACUAAACUUGGUUCAGCA